UGAUGUGCGGGGCGGAGAAGAAGCGAGGCCGCCCACUCGAAUCAAACACGGCAGCUGGAGCGCCGCGGACCCCAGAUACCUUCUGUUGAAACGGGUAGCCGCCUCGUUUGGGAAGCUGGCUGCGUCGGUGGGAGUCAUGGAGGACGCGGAGAAAGGCACUCGCGGCAAGCGGGAGACCGUCAAGAUCGGAGAGGGCUCUGAAGGAAGCAUUGGAGUCUGUGGGUGGAUCCUGGUUAUGGUCUCGUUCUUUUUGGUUACCAUCACUUUCCCAUUAUCCAUCUGGAUGUGCAUAAAGAUUGUCAAGGAAUAUGAGCGAGCCAUCAUAUUUCGGCUUGGACGUAUCCUAAAAGGAGGUGCAAAGGGGCCAGGUCUGUUUUUCGUAUUGCCCUGCACAGACAGCUUUAUCAAAGUGGACAUGAGGACCAUAUCAUUUGAUAUACCGCCACAGGAAAUUCUUACCAAAGAUUCAGUGACAGUUAAUGUGGAUGGCGUGGUUUAUUACCGAGUUCAGAAUGCAACCCUUGCUGUUGCCAACAUCACCAAUGCGGACUCAGCCACUCGGCUCCUGGCUCAGACCACACUGAGGAACGUUCUUGGGACCAAGAACCUCUCUCAGAUCCUCUCUGACCGGGAGGAAAUCGCCCACAGCAUGCAGGCCACACUAGAUGAUGCCACAGAUGAUUGGGGCAUAAAGGUGGAGCGGGUGGAGAUCAAAGAUGUGAAGCUGCCCAUCCAACUCCAGAGAGCCAUGGCCGCUGAAGCAGAAGCUACCCGCGAAGCAAGAGCAAAGGUCAUCGCAGCAGAGGGCGAGAUGAAUGCCUCCAGAGCCCUCAAGGAAGCCUCCAUUGUCAUCUCAGAGUCUCCUGCAGCUCUCCAGCUCCGCUACCUGCAGACCCUGACCACGAUUGCCGCCGAGAAGAACUCCACCAUUGUAUUCCCGCUGCCCAUAGAUAUGCUGCAAGGCAUUGUGGGAAGGAGGAGCUGAGGGUGCUGAUGGGAAGCUAGGUGUAUUGAAAAGCGUGAGGCAUUGUGGAGGAGAGGGGUGAUGAUUUCAGUGUGACCUUCGUGUCUGUUUCUUGUGGCUCUCAUAAGCUCAGAUCCUUUUUGUGUUUCAUCCCAACAAAUUUCUGCUUUCAACGUAGGUGGCCACCUCCGAAAAUUCAUUCUUCCCCGCUCUGCCGCCCCUUCUUAUUGAUGAGAGAGGUCUGGAGGGCUUGCAUCUCCCAGAAAAUUAGAGAGGAGGGUUUAAGAGGUCCUCAGCUACCAUAUGGAGCAGGGGGGUUGCCUUAAAAUAAUAAUGUUUUCCUCCUCUCUCCUGGGAAACUUCUUUCUUGUCAGAGAGCCAGCAGUGGAACUUUCCGCUGCUGUUUUGCUCCAACCAAAGGGAAAGAAUUAGCACGCUGGAGUUAUGGAGACAAUAUGCUUGUAGCCUAACAACGUUCAGAUUCCUUUUUAUAGGUGUGCUUUUCUAACCUAACACAAUUACAACACAGUUACAAACACUCCCCCAAUACCUUUUGUACUUUCUAAAACGACACCUAUUUUUUCAACACUUUCUUAAAAAAUAGAUUUCCGCCUAUUUCUUUGGUUCUGCUUUUAAGAAUGUGAUCAACAGAAAGUUUGACAUUCUACAGCCAGGAGAACCUGUAAAUGGAGUCUUUCAGCAUUUUAGAAUACUUAUAUUUUUCAUUUAAUUUUUCCAGAAGAUUAAUGUGAAGAACUUUUCCCUUCCCCCCCUUUAAUGUGAAGGAACUUUCCUUUCCACAUGAUACUGUUGUUGUUGUUAUUGUUGUUAAAUCUCAGCUUUUUUGCUAAAAGCCAGGAGUGAAGGUUUCCUGGUAUAUUUGCAUCGUAAGUUUUGUAUCCAGUGUGAAUCAGAAUAGUAGAUUUAAUUUCUAACAGGCAGCACUGAGGUUAGCUACAAUAUUAUAGUAUUAGCAUGGUGCGUGAGCUAUCCAUAACAGAAAAACCUGUGAGAAGGUAUGGCUUUUGUGGUCUUUAUUACUUGUAUAAUAAUUCAAAUAAGUGGUGACAACUGUCCACCCCCACUUUGCCUCUGCCUUUAACAUUUAUAGAGACAGGAAUUCAUUAGCUGAUGCUGUAUCCCAGCAUGGUAGCUGAAGGCUCCAUGGGAGCUGAAAAGCACAGGAGUAUUGCAGGAAGAUGUGGCUGGUAUCUCAAAUGGGGACAUGUGAUCAAAUGCCAUUGUUGCUAUGCAAAGUCUCAGAGCUUUUGCCCUGGGCCUUUUCACCCAUCUUACACUGAUUUUAGCUGGAGCGGCUGCUUCAGACACUUAAUUACAAAGAGGAAAGAUACGUGAGGCUUAGAAACCCUGAUCAGUUCUGGCUGCGAAAGGCAGGGCAUACUCACUGCUCUGUCGGUAAACAAACACCCACCCACCCACCUACCCCAAAGGGAAAAGGAACAGGGGAACAAUGGCAUUUGCCAUCCUUACUUGUGGUUGCAGCUGAAUUGGUGUUCUGGAUUGUUGCUUUUCACAUGUGUUGUUAAAAGCAAACACCGCUGUGACUGGAACUAGAUUUAGUUUGUCAGAAGGAAUGAGCAGCAUCAGUGCCUUUUCAGUGUGGUGAGUUAAAGGAAGCCCAGCGAGGCAGGAA